AUGCCAAAGCAAAUCUUGAACGUUAAGGAAUUCCUCAAUCUUGCUGUUGCUGCCAAGGAAAAGGGAUCAAUCACCAUCUAUAGAACAAAGCAAAGCAAGAACAGAUCAUACAAGUUCAAGCUCAGAACAAGACAAUACCUUUAUACCCUCAAGAUGAAGAACAAGGUUAAGGCCCAACAAUUGGAGAAGGCAUUGCCACCUGCAUUGAAGAAGACCUUCAUCAACUUCCCAGAUAAGAAGGAAACUGCUAAGAAGCAAUAA